CAGCGGAAGUCCCGCCCAUCGAAGGCAAAACUUCCGGCCUAACAGUUCUGGAUUUCGACUGAAGAAUUGGAUCCUGUUUCAUCAAGAUGGUGUUGCUGGAGAGCGAGCAGUUCCUGACCGAGCUGACCAGGCUCUUCCAGAAGUGCCGGACGUCGGGCAGCGUGUUCAUCACCCUGAAGAAAUAUGAUGGUCGAACCAGAUCGAUCCCAAAGAAGGGCUCUGUGGAGGGCUUUGAGCCUGCGGAUAACAAAUGUCUAUUGAGAGCGACGGAUGGGAAAAAGAAGAUCAGCACUGUGGUGAGCUCUAAAGAAGUGAAUAAGUUUCAGAUGGCCUAUUCAAACCUGCUGAGGGCUAACAUGGAUGGGCUGAAGAAGAGAGACAAGAAGAACAAGAGUAAGAAGGCCAAAACACCACAGUGAACAGCUCUGGGUUCUCUGCUCUUACCAGUUAACCAACAAAUUGCCGUUUUUCCUGUUGGCCACAAAGCUAGAUUUUUGGCUUCCCUGUGGCAACGAUUUUCAUGUAAGAUGAGGGUCAUUCUGGAGAGAAAAAGGUUAUAGUGUACAGGGUAGUUGUGGUAAGAAACUUGCUCAGAUCUGUGCUGCGUGGUUGUGUUCUUAGUUUUCAAAGGGCUCUGUAACCAGUUCCCUGAAGAGCAACUUAUCAUUAAACAUUUGUUUCCCAGAA